GAAAAAUCGAAUCACCGGAAAACAUGCUGAAAUAAAUAUAAUUCAGUUCGUUUCAAGGAUUGUUUUAGUGAAUAAGGAAAUGUUGGCUCAGAGUGGUCUUUUUUUAUUGAUUUUAAUAUAAUGUAUAUAUAUAUAUACAUCUAUAAAAUAAUACAGCAAAGGACAUGUUCAUGUUAUAGCUUUUGAGACACUGCGGGGCUUUUCGUAGCCACCAUCUUUGUUCGGGGCAAAGAUGCCGAAAAGUUGUUCUGCAUUUAAUUGCACAAAUAGGUACAAUAACAAAAAUCCCGAGAUCACGUUCCACAGGUUCCCUUUCAGCAAACCAUCGGUUCUGAGACAAUGGUUAGAUAACAUUGGACGUGACGACUUCCAGCCAAGGAAGCACAUGGUUAUCUGUUCACUUCAUUUCACCCCGGACAGUUUCAGUGGUUUGGGCAACCGUAAAAAUCUGUUGUGGAACGCAGUGCCAACUCUCUUUGCAGUCCCACAUCAGGAUGCAAAGCAAAAUAAUUCUAGGAAGAGGCUGAAGAGGGCUUUAAAAUCUGCUGCUGAUAAAUGUGAUGACAUUUCACCUGAUAGGACCCCUCCUUUCACUGAGGAUGCCCAAACUGAAGAGAUGCUUCAGGAUGCUCAACACUUUCACGAUACUGUGGAGGUUUACUGUCAAACCACAAAGGAUUUAGCUGCCGCAGACCACACCUAUGCCCUUUUGGACCCAUGCACGACCAAAGCCCGUCUGUUUGACAUUUUAGAUGCCAACAGAUGGCUACAGAGAAAGCUGCAGACCAAACGCAGGGUGAUAAAAAGAAUGAAACUUAAACUGCAAGACGCUCAAAGAGAACUUCUGACUCUGCAUCAACAGCUCAGCCAUAGACACACGCAUUUCCAAAGACGCUCACAGCUCUCAGUACAGUGUGGCAGUGGUUCCAAGACCUAAUCAAGCAGUAAUAAAGACCUCAGCUUGCACAAACAUCUUUGAACUAUGAAGAAGUCUGAACAUUUGGUUAUGGGAAAAAGGAGUGUGCAACAAAUAUGUUUCUUCAAAAGGGGUAAAGCUGAUGUUUUUUUCAGUAAUUAGACAA